GUUUUUUGGAAAUGUUGAAUGCAAAAAAAAUGCAAUAAAUGUAAUAAACAAAUUGCACCAUACGGCUCCGAGCCGUAUCUAUUGGAUAAACUAUCCUGCUUCAUCGGAACCGACUGAAUUUAUAUUCUUGAUAAAGAUCAGUGUCCGUUCUUUGUAAAUACAAACAUUGCAUCAUUCAUUUAUAGAACCACCAGCCAAGAGCAGGACGAAGGAAAGAUGUUGCCGACAGGUGGGAACAUGAAGAAGUUACGAAAAGCCAAUAGCGUUGUGAACAACGUGAUGGCACCAGGCGGGGGCCGCAAAGCCGGUCCCGCGGAGCUGGAGUACCAGCAGCCCGGUGUAGAUCCGCACCAGCGUGCGAAGGUGAACUUCCUACGAAGGCAGGUAGGCAACCAGCAGACGCCGAGCUCGCUGACGGCUCCGGAGGGCGCAAAGUACCCGGUCGAGAUAUCAACACGAAAAAUACCCCACCACCACAAAACCAAAUCCGAACAGUUUGCAUUGCACACUUUCCGCACGGAUAACUUUUUGUAUUGCAUGAAAGGAAGGUGACGCAUUCUGUGUCAGAAUUUAAACCAGUUAAUACGUAGCUUCUAAAUGAUAGACAUAGACUUAGACGUAUGCCUCCAUGUAUGUUGCACCGCGGCGCCGUGCAACGCAGACUUCGACUUGCGCUACUCUGUCCUGCAGAUUUGUCCUGAUCCGGAUAGUUGGAAGGUGGCAAAUGCUUCCUCUCUUCGGGACGUUUGCAAAAAUAGAAAGAGACGCUUCCCAUCCAGAGGGGCCGUGGGGACACUUGUGAAUAUGAUACGACCGGGACUACACCAUGGAGCGGCUCCGGUCAGCAGGCUACCGCUGGUACGACCACUACGACCCCGCCGUGGGAGGCUUGCUCAUGCUGGACGGCGCGAACCGGGUUCGCGAGGAUGCCCGCCGUAUGAAAGACAUGUCUCUCGCAGACGCGAAGGAACACAUCAUCACGCACCCGCCCGUUGAGGGAGGCAAAAUCGACAACGCCUUCGAUCAAGAGGACCUCGACGCGCAGGGUCGCCGCGCGGCUCAGCGACAGGCGCACGCGAGAAAGGCGAAACAGGGCAUGCGGAAGAUCCAGCUGGCGCAAGCCAUGGGGAUCAAAGCAGAAGUCAUUGCAGGGAAAGACAGCGCUCCCUAUCACGGACCGGACCGAUUUUCUCUCGACACCGACAGAGUACUCAAAAUAUGAUUGACCUGUGUAUUUCAUCUUUCUAUUGAAUUCGUACUCUAAUCAAAAUUCAUAUCAUUAACCUGUGUAGAAGUACUUGUUAAUCUAACGAACAACAUCUACCUCGCGUAAGGUAUUCGACCCAGAUUGGCAAAAUCCGGAGGAGAAACUGCAAGAGCUGGAGGAUGCCCCACCCGACGAAGAUUCUCCAGAUCUUCCGAGCAAUGGCGGCAAGGAUCUCAAGAAGGGCGCACGCACGCAGGCAUUCGAGCUCCAGCGGAUGAAGACAGCGGAAACCACAGACGCAGUCAAAGAUCUAGACUCGCGGAUCGACGCUACGGGCGAGUACCUAAAAGUUCACAACGAGAAUCCGGGAUAUGUGUCCAAAGAAAUAGAAACGUACAACAGACGCCGCACGAAUAUGGAGCUUGACUGGCAAGAUCUGACGCCGACCGCUAUAAAAAAGCGAGCGGAUCUCGAAGAAAGCGUACAAUUAUAUUCUGGAACACUACUAUUUUUAUUUUCUAUCUCGAGUUUUCUGGUUUUCUUUUCUAUCCCUUCCCGACCACACAUGACACCGUUCAUGUGAACGAAUCAGUGAUGUCUGAUACUUAGCGUCAAGUUUCAGCUCGCCUCGCCGAAGCAGCGCAACCGCUGCAACACAGUCAUCAUUUUUUCGAACAUUCUCACACCAGAUGGCCUACAAGAAUGCAGUCGACGAGGCGCUGGCCAGGAGGCGCGUGCACGACAGGCGAUCCGGCUACAUGGACAGCCGAAAGAGCAGCUCCGUCGUGUUUGACGAGGGAGGGAAAAUGAUUGCAGCCGACACAGUCGAGGAGCUGGAGGAGCAGAAGAAGGAGUGGCUAUCGACGAAGUAUGAGAAGAUUCAGAAGGCGCCGGUGGCCUGGACGCUGAGCCUUGUCGCGGAUGAUCUCGACGCAGCCGAGGCGGAGGAGGUGGCGCUGCAGAAGUUUCGGGACCGGCCGGCGUCCGCCCCCGCGCCAACGCGCGACAACCGACCGCCCGUCGACCCGCGCGAAAAGUGGAUGGAUGAGCGGAUGAAGGGCAACGGUGCGUAUCUCAAGCGCCUCAGCUCCGCCAUCACGACGUUGCCUGACGGGAAACAGCAGGUCGGGCCCGUGAAGCCGCGAAAGAAGGGGCGGAGCCUGGACGAAGCGCACGAGUUGCUCACUGACAUCGCCGAGGCGCAGUACGACGCCCGCAACGUCCGCCUCAUAGCGGGCGAGUUCCGCCGGGAGGAGGAGGAACGGCUAAUGGAAAUCGCUCGCAGAGACGGCAGCCCCGUGAAUGCGGCCGGGCUGCCACUCCUAUUGCAGGACGCGCCGGCCGCCGACGCGAUGGAGCAGCAGCUCGUCGUCCGACAGCAGCUUGAGGAUGAACAGAUAGUACACGACAGCGACCAUGAUGUUACGAGAGGCGGAAUUAUUACCGAAGUGGUUCUUCCACCACAACAUAACAUGGAACUACCGCGGCAAGUGAUCUCAUCACGGAGUCAGUCACAGUCUCCGUCAAAAACAAGAUCGCAUCCCAGCCGUCCCACUACCGCGCCCCCCGCCUUUCUGGCCUACGCACGCGAAGCGCGAGCAGCGCUGUGUGCGCGAAGCUAUGAUCUGCUUGCGCAUCGACCCGAACUUCAGAAAACCUAUCGGCGCUCCCCGCCCCGGCAGCGCUCCCCACCCCGAACCGACCGGCCGAAAAGCAGUACUCGACCAGGGAAGCGGAGGCCGCAAAGUGCGGUGCACGUGAGUAGUCCGACGAAAGACGAUCCGGCUCCGGCAGAAGAAGGAACAGCCGGCGACUCCUCGUCAACUUCCCCCAGGAACAAGCGCCGAGCAAUCUCGGCCGGUACUGCGCGCGAUCGUGCACAGGGCGCGGUCGCGACUGAUGUCGCGCACAACCGUCCGCCUCCACGUAGCGGGGAGCCCGACUCCGACGCUACGUCUGAGCACACGACCUUUGUUGAACAAUCUACGUUGUUGGUUGUCGGAAACAAAAAGCGAAAAAAGCGACCCAUGAGCAGCACACUGCCGGUCGCCCCGGAGGACCGAGUCCUUUCGCCUUGUGGAGUCGGUGAUCUCGUCUUCGUGCGCAGAAGAAGCCCGUCGCCGCAAACACGGAAAUCCACCAGCAAGGAGGAGCAAUACGACAUCGAAAGUCUGCAACGAGACUUCGACGAGUACGUUUACGACGACGAAGAAGUGCAUUUGCAAGCCGAAGCCAGUCGUGACUACAACAACCCCAAUAGUCGAGUCACUUCCCGACCGACCUCGUCCACCACCGCCCGCCCAGCGUCCUCCAACGCUCGGCCGGAAUCGGCCACGCAGCUCGGCUUGUCCACGGCUAGGCAAAACCAAGUGGAGAUCUUUCUGCCCCUUCCCUGUAACCGCGCACCGGAGCGCAAAAGCGUCGGGGAUCAGAUCAAAGAGAUGCUCGCGAUGCACAACGACAAGGACGGAGCUGCCGUGCCCGGCGGUAGAGCACCACGGAACCGACGGGAGAAGCCGCCGAAUCUGGUGCGUCCCCCUGAUUUUUCCCCACGAGCGCACCAGGUCGCCCACACGUCCGGUGGCAGCCUUAUGAAGAAGUUCAACAUGCGCGACAUCGAGCCCGAACUGUAUUCCAAAUUGUUGUUUCGGGGGCUGGCGCAACAGAAAACAGAAUCCAAGGUGGCCGAACGGUUUUUCGACGAAGACGGCACGACGACCGCGGCUUCCUCCCGCCCGGCGUCUAGCCGUCGACCGCCCCCGGGAGCGUUCACCAUCACGAAGUCUUUGAUCAAGUCGCAGGUGGCAGCCUCGCAGCAGAUCGCCACGUUCAACCGUUCUCGCCCCGCGUCUGCGCGAUCCCCGUCUCCGCGACCCGCUCCCGCGUCCGUUCGAACGCGGCCGCAAUCCGCUGUGCUUGCGAGUGUCCCGAAGCUGCAAUCGGACGGUAACGAAACCUCCGCGGAGCGGUACCAAUUAGUUGCGCGAACCACGGAAAACCCGGGCCAAAUUCGGGUCGGGUUUGAGACCGCACCUCCGCUGCCCGAACGUGUUCAUGCUAGUCCCACGCUCGAUGCGGCGGAACGAAAAGAGGACCUUGUUCAGGAAGUGGCAAAUCGCGUUCUGUCAAGCACUCUGGCCGGGAUGCGGGGGGAACCCGUGACCAACGAACCCUGGUCGCCGAACCUGCUGGCAGCAGCGGGAACAGACACCGACCUGGACGACGAAUUCGCUUCCGUCGGCCGGCGCACCGGACGAGGCCGUCCGCGCAGUCCCGCCGCGCCGGCGGCUGAGAAAAUAAAUCUGCGAAACGGAAGUGAACUGCACGAGAUUGUAGCCAACGCGGGUACUAGCGCUAGCGACGAUGAGGACAAGGCUGAGUUGGUGCAGGACGUCGCGGACCGUGUCUUGUCGAAAAGCAUCGCGGAGAACAUCGAGCGGGAGGCGCAGGCAAAAACCCCCGCACCGCUGUCGCCGCCCUCGGCACGUCGCGAAGAGCUGAGUGGAACGGCGCUGGCCGUGGUGAGCAAGCGUCCGCAGAGUGCUCGGCCACACGGGGGGAGCAGAACACACUCCCUGACGGCCGCUACAAGGCACGACACGAGGGCCGCUCCGGAAGAACCCGAAGAGGAAGCGGAUGAAGACGAUGAAUUCGCGUAUGAUCUUGACGGAGACGACGCGCUUUUCGGCAACGAAUUCGACGCCCACCUGGGUGGGGGAGCCGCGGCGCUUCGUUCGUUUUUCAAAAGCGGCGGCGCGCAGAAAUUUUGUCCAGACGAGGUCAAGGUGUCGGAGGUGCGGCAGAUGCGGCGCGAGCUGCGGGCCCGGCGCGGAGGUUUCACGGCUUUGCUGAUGCCGAACGCAGACGAAGAGGCCAUGCGAAAGGUGACCAAGAAGGGCGAAGAGAAGGAUGUGAAUUACGCAAAACGGGAAAUGUUCUGGCACGAAAAGCUAGCGGCGGCUCGCGUACGGGCCGCGCGGCACCAGGUCAAGGUUUCCAAGGGCAUGAGCAUCAAGAUCGACCGGCAUAAAGCCCCAGCGCAGUCAGCGCCGUUGUCGCCCUUCUCUGCUGGAAGUCCAAUGCGGUCCCCCUCGCGGCCGCAGUCCGCAACAUCACAGGCGCGCGGUGCGCUUUUGAAGACGAGCAGCAGCAGUCGUCCCUCAACCGCACCACGAACACGGCCGGGAAGUGCAGCGUCCUCCGCCUUGCCACCCAUCAAGAAAGUCAAACGCGACAUCGCGUACGACUUUCUGAACUCCAUGGAGAGACAACCGCUACAAGGACAGUUGAAGGACACAAUAUCCACGCUCCUCUCCACCAUCCACGAGUCGGGAAAACAAAACGAGGACGAUGCCAAUGAGGGGGGAAACGUUGCGGAAACAGAUAAGAAGUCCACUCCAGCGGGCACAGCUGGACCGCACCGACGUCCGGCAUCGGCCGCGCACCUUCGGAGGAUGGAGCAACAACGGAAGCGCAAGCAGCGGCCGCAGGAGUGGUUUUACGCCCACACCGUGGUUGCCUGUAUCAACGAAAACUGCUGCCGCGGUCAGCGCUACUAUUUCGAUGAGCCGAAGGAGCGUCUCGACCACAUCGUCAUGGGACGGACGUCAAAACACUACUACGGUUAUCUGGAAAAAAAGGAAAAAUUGAGAUGGGAUAAACCCGACUUAGAUUAGUGAACUUCUCCCACAACAAGAACUCAUGUACUAAUGACCGCAUUGAUUUCAUUUCGAAGAAAGCAAGGUGAGAAUACGAUAGACAGAUAUAUGGAAAGGGAAAGUACCACUAACACUAUGCAAGUAUACUAAGUAAGUAGAGCCUUCUCGGCGGACUGAGAAAAUUGACAAAUGAACCAGAAUUUUAUUGCACCAAAUCAAUGCAAGUCCAAGUGGACCUCGCGCAGCGUGCACAGAAUGGAUAAAUAUUAAUAUGUAGGAAAUUGCUUAUGCACAAACUCUUAAUAAAUAAACCGUAUCUCAAUCAUUUGUAAAAAAGUGUCUGUACCCUGCUGCUCCUGCUUCUGCUGUUUCCUACUCUGACUCACCCUGUAUGCUUCAUAUACAAAUGAAUACCUGAAGCUAAGCCUAAGCGUUGUAAAGAACUAGAGGUGGCCUAGGAUAAUUCCUUGUUUCGCGCAACAACUUUUGCUUAUGAUUUGCAAGCUUAAUCUGCACAUCAUACCGGCAAAUCACCAUCAAGGAGCAUGGCGCGCACAACGAACAAGAACAGAUGAUUGAAUAAACCCCUAAACCUCUUUACCAGUGCUACUCUACAGAUCCAAAUACCAGACCGCUGUGGUCGGGAAACCGG